CAGUGCAACAUCCGUUGGCUGCGGUUAACGAUAGCUUUCAUUGCCUUUUUGAAAAUCCGCGUGAUGUGCAGUUUUAUUAUUUCUGCCCGGCUCGUAACGGUGACGAAGGACGGUUGACUUGCUAGCACUUUGACGGUGUACCUUGCAGUUCCGUUACUCAUUAAGAAGGGAUGAAAAAGAAAUAACCCCUGCGGUUUAUGAACAGCAGGUGCACGGGAAUACCACAGCACCUGCCGUCGCUACAGGCUGAGUCACUGCUGGUAAGGAGGAAGGUCUGGAGAGGGAACGAGAGAGGAGGAGGUGGAGGAGGAGGGGGAGAAGAAGAAGAAGAAGAAGGGAGGGAGGCAGAGAGAUAAGCCACAACAGGAAGCAAAACGACACGCAUACACACACACACACUCUGAGAGGGAGAUUGCGCGAACGAGAGGGUGAACGGGAAAGGAAGGGAGGGAGAGUGACGUGGAGGCUGGGAGAGCCGGCCCCCCCCUCCUCCUCUUCUCCUCUCCUCCUCUCCUCCUCUCCUCCCCUCCUCCCCUCCUCCCUCUCUCUCUCUCUCUCUGUGGAGCAGGCGUGUAGCGGCAUCAGACUCGGCGUGAAGGAACCAUGAGCGAUGUCACCAUCGUUAGAGAGGGAUGGCUCCAGAAACGGGGUGAAUACAUAAAGAACUGGCGGCCGCGUUACUUUCUGCUGAAGACAGACGGCUCAUUCAUCGGCUACAAAGAGAAACCUCAAGACGCAGACCUGCCCUACCCUCUAAAUAACUUCUCUGUAGCAAAAUGUCAGCUAAUGAAGACGGAGAGGCCGAAGCCAAACACCUUCAUCAUACGAUGCCUCCAGUGGACCACCGUCAUCGAGAGGACCUUCCACGUGGACUCGCCUGAUGAGAGAGAUGAGUGGACAGAGGCCAUCCAGAUGGUGGCCGACAAGCUGCAGAGACAAGAGGAAGAAAGGAUCCAGUGCAGCCCCACCUCCAACAUCGACAACAUGGUCGAGGAGGAGAUGGACAUCUCCACCACACACCACAAACGCAAGACAAUGAGUGACUUUGACUACUUAAAGCUGCUGGGAAAGGGAACCUUUGGUAAAGUGAUUCUUGUUCGAGAAAAGGCCAGCGGAAAAUACUACGCCAUGAAAAUCCUUAAAAAAGAAGUCAUCAUAGCCAAGGAUGAAGUGGCUCACACACUCACAGAGAGCAGAGUACUGAAAAACACCAGGCACCCCUUUCUCACUUCAUUGAAGUAUUCAUUCCAGACUAAAGACCGCCUCUGUUUCGUCAUGGAGUAUGUAAACGGAGGAGAGCUGUUUUUCCAUUUGUCCAGAGAGCGGGUGUUCUCAGAGGAGCGCACGCGCUUCUACGGCGCCGAGAUUGUCUCGGCUCUUGACUACCUGCAUUCAGCCAAGAUUGUGUACCGGGACCUCAAGUUGGAAAACCUCAUGCUGGAUAAAGAUGGCCAUAUCAAGAUCACUGAUUUCGGCCUCUGCAAGGAGGGCAUCACAGACGCUGCUACAAUGAAGACCUUCUGUGGCACGCCCGAGUACCUUGCACCUGAGGUCCUGGAGGACAAUGACUACGGCCGUGCAGUGGACUGGUGGGGUUUGGGUGUGGUGACAUACGAGAUGAUGUGCGGCCGACUGCCUUUCUACAACCAGGACCACGAGAAGUUGUUUGAGCUCAUACUCAUGGAGGACAUCAAGUUCCCUCGCACUCUCUCAUCGGACGCCAAGUCCCUGCUGUCAGGCCUGCUCAUCAAAGACCCCAACAAACGGCUUGGUGGAGGUCCAGAUGACGCUAAAGAAAUAAUGAGACACAGUUUCUUCUCUGGCGUUGACUGGCAGGGUGUCUAUGAUAAAAAGAUGGUCCCUCCCUUCAAGCCUCAGGUGACGUCGGAGACCGACACCAGAUACUUUGACGAGGAGUUCACAGCCCAGACCAUCACAAUCACCCCACCAGAGAAAUUUGACGAGGACGGGAUGGACUGUCUAGACAACGAGAGAAGGCCACACUUCCCACAGUUCUCCUACUCUGCCAGUGGACGGGAAUGAACUGUCCAUCACGGUGACAACAUUACAGCUGCUCUCUGAGGUCAUCAGUGUGGGACAAAAGAUCCCCAGCUUUGGACUGACCCAGAAAGACUUGAAGGAGUUUGCCCUUCUCCUCCUCCUCUCUUUUUCACCUCUGCAGUCUGCUUCUUAUUUUUUUUUUUUUUGUGAAUUCCGUUUUUCAAAAUGUCAAAAUUACUUUCUAAUCCUGCACUGCAACCCUAGGUGAUCCGAACUGUGAUGUGAUGAGUUACUAUGUAAUGUCCCUUUAAUGACAGGAGCAUCACCGGUGCCCUGCUGUGCUUUGACAUGUGUCGGUCCUGCCAAACUCUAAAAGAACAAAUACUUCUGAUGAAGUUAGACAAUAGCUGAUGCAUUUUUUAAGAAGACAUAAUUAUGGCUUCUUAUCUGUAAGAUGAAGAUAUAGCAUUUUAAGUCAUUCAAACCUAAACUGCCAUUACCGGUUUAAUCUCAGGCUUUUGCAAACACAGAUACACUCAGACUCAGUGUCACUUGGGUCUGAUUUCAAAUCCUCACUUAAAUAAUUCUGGGAUUGAUUGAGGCUGCCUGGCAUUGAGGGAGCAGUUGUCGUCAGCGAGCAGAAUCCUCCAGCUUAUGUUGUCGAGCAGGAUUUGACUCAGGUUGGCUCAGUGCAAUUCAUUAUUGUUGUUGCUGCUAUUUCAACUACUACAGGUUCUACUACUCUUACUUCUAAUAUACUGCUACUACUAAAACCCGGUGCUAUACUACUAGCUUAAUGCUGCAGAUCAUUUAACAGGCGCCAGCAGCACAUCAAUCAACUGCAUUACCAUCUCUGCUUGUACAGCUGCAGAACAGAUGUUGCUAGUACUUCUAAUGUAAAGCUAUUGCACAUCAACUGUACAUUAAGACGAUGAAAGGAUGUUGUGUGUGUGUGGGUGUGUGUGAGGUACUAUUAUGGGUUUGUGUUUAAGAACGCACAUCAAAGCACAGCAGUUCAGAAGGAUGAAGCUCCCAAACCAUGAGCUUUACUACGUUACCCACAAUGCAGUGCAAGGUGGUUGAUAAAUCCAUCACUGUGGAGGUGAAAAUGAGAGGAAAACAGUUGGUUUGAAUGUUUCCCCAAGUUUUUAUUUAUUUAUAUACUCUAAGUUUAAUUCUCUUCCCCGAAAGGGAAAACAAAAGCAAAACUGUACUUUGUGUUGAUGAUGAAGCUUUACCGUGACAUGUUGUCGUCACGGCUUAGGGGACCACACAGCUGUACCUCUCUGUCUUUGUGCAGGAAAGAGAAACUGCAGCAGGAGCAGGUUCCCCACCGAGUGAAAAAAGAAGUCCAAGAUGGCAGGUUGGGCAUUGUUGAUGAGGAGGGAGAGAAAGUACAGGUGAAAAGUUCCAAGAAUGAUGAAAUAUCUAUAGUGUGAUCAUUUAUGAUGUAAUGAUGAGUGAGGUAACAGCUGAUUUCCUGUUUCCAGGGAGAUUCUCAUGAAGGAUUGUUUUUAAAAGACCUUAUGGUCAGUGAGGAGGUACGCAUCAACAGUUAUGGGUUUACACCAAUCAUAGCAAUGACUAUAAUAUAUAUAUGUUCUAUUUAUUGUUCUACGCAUCGGUUUUAUAUUUAACUUUUCUAUUGUUAUUACAUGAUUCUAGGAAAAAAAACAUUUCUUAGGGCUGAAGAAAAAAAAAUUGGCCCCUCGAGAAACAAAAAAGGCUGAUGAAUGUAGGAGGGAAAGCAGAAAGCCUUCCUGCUCCAUUGUUUAUUUUAUUGUUUUUGUGUUGUUUUGUGACCAAAAUGUGACAGCUAAACGGUGACAGGACACAUUAAAGACAGGUUUCUUUUGAGCUUGAAGGAGGUAAAAAAAAAAUGUAUUAAUUAAAUUUCAGGUGUUUACUAUGAGGGCUCAUGUGACAUAGUUAUUGACAAAAAUGCUUCCCAUAUUUAAUCUGAAGGCUGAGAGACAGAAUAUUCAGAGAGAAAGAAGUGAAAGUUGAGCAGAAAGAAAACCAGUGCAUCAAGGAAGUCUGAAUGUAAAGCGGUUAGGACGAGAAAGAUUCAGUGUUGAACUGUAAGUGCUACUUUUAAUGUUACGAGACAGCGUAGAGGAGAAGGAGGAAUGAUGAUGGAAAGGAAAAUGUAAGUUUGUAAGGUCAGUCAGUUCUUUGGAGAUGAGAAAGAGCAAUAUCCCACCUUUAUUUUAAGAUUUUACUUGUCAUUAACGUGCGCUGUCACUUCUUGGGUCUGGACUUUGUUUGUUUGUGUCGUCAUGUCUUCCAGUCUGACCAACAAGAUUUAAAAUCCCCUCAAUUUCUCUGUCUUCAAACGCCAGUAAGCCUUAUGGUUUAGCUCAGAAUAAGUCAAAAACGUUGACAUCCUGCACUUCAGAGUAAAAGAA